GGUUCUUCAGAAUCUGUCUCUGGCUCCCCUCUGGCAGUGGACUCUCCUUUGUCCCUCAGGCAGAGGCCACUGCUCCCGAGGAACAGGCUGGAGGGGAUCGGAGGAGCUGUCUCACAGGGCAUUGAAAAUAUGCAGGUAACUUCUCCCUCAUCUCCCAUUUGCAGAGGAAUGGAAGCUGUGCCUGUGCAGCCAGAACAGGGUCCUGUAACCUUUGAUGAAGUUGCUGUGAAUUGCACAGAGGCCGAGUGGGCAUUGCUGGACCAGAACCAAAGGGCCUGCCACAGGGACGUCAUGGAGGAGACGCGUGAAAACGUGUUAUCUUUGGCCCGUGAGGUAAGACACAGCGAGAACCAGGAAGAAUUGUGCUGGGUACGCUUGAAAACAGUCAUUUGUAAAGAGAGUCAUCUUCAAGGAAGUAGAACUGAAGAAAAUACACACAGUAGAAAUGAUCAUUCAUCCAUUGCAAUUCACCAAAGUUUUCAGAGCUUCGAAAGUAGAAAGAGCUUCCAGGACAGACUGAACCUUGUUUUCCCUCAGGGAACGGACACAGAGAAACCCUUUAAAUGUCUGGAGUGUGGAAAGAACUUCAGUCACAGGGCAUCCCUGGCUUGUCACCUGAGGAUCCACACAGGGGAGAAACCUUUUACAUGUCUGGAAUGUGGGAAGAGAUUCACUCAGAGGGCGUCCCUGUAUUGUCAUUCACGGACCCACACAGGGGAGAAACCAUUUAAAUGCCUGGAAUGUGGAAAGAGCUUCAGUCACCGUCCAAACCUUGCCAGCCAUGUGAAAAUCCACACAAGGGAGAAAGCUUUUAAAUGCCUGGAAUGUGGAAAGAGCUUCCGUCACAAGGCACACCUGGAUUGUCAUCUGAGGACCCACACCGGGGAGAGACCAUUUAAGUGCUCAGAAUGUGGAAAGAGCUUCGGUAAUAGUGGAACCCUGAAGAAGCACAUGAGAAUCCACACGGGGGAGAAACCAUUUAAAUGCUUGGAAUGUGGGAAGAGCUUCAGGGAGAGGAGGCUACUCACUUCUCAUCAAAAAAGCCACAGAGAAAUAGAGAGAAAGAGCUUCCAGCACAGACCGAACCUUGUUUUCCCUCAGGGAACAGACACAGAGAAAUCCUUUAAAUGUCUGGAGUGUGGAAAGAACUUCAGUCACAGGGCAUCCCUGGCUUGUCACCUGAGGAUCCACACAGGGGAGAAACCCUUUACAUGUCCGGAAUGUGGGAAGAGAUUCAAUCACAAGGCAUCCCUGGAUUCUCAUUCGAGGAUCCACAGAGGGGAGAAACCUUUUACAUGUCUGGAAUGUGGGAAGAGCUUUGGCGAGAGCAGUACCCUGAAUGACCACAUGAGAAUCCACACAGGGGAGAAACCAUUUAAAUGCCUGGAAUGUGGAAAGAGCUUCUGUCACCGUACAAACCUUGCCAGCCAUGUGAAAAUCCACACAAGGGAGAAAGCUUUUAAAUGCCUGGAAUGUGGAAAGAGCUUCCGUCACAAGGCACACCUGGAUUGUCAUCUGAGGACCCACACUGGGGAGAGACCAUUUAAGUGCUCAGAAUGUGGAAUGAGCUUCGGUCACAGCGGAACCCUGAAUAACCACAUGAGAAUCCACACGGGGGAGAAACCAUUUAAGUGCUUGGAAUGUGGGAAGAGUUUCAGGCGGCGCGCACAACUCACUACUCAUCAAAGAAGUCAUGCGGAGAGAAAGAGAGAAGUUGAAAUGCUUGGAGGGUCACAAGACCUUCCAGAAAGUCAGGCAUCUUAUCUCUCAUCGAAAUAUUCACCCCGAUGAGAACUUGGCAAAUCUGCCUCCAGGCAUUGCAUUGGGGAAGGAUAAAAUUGUGUUUCCUAUCGAAACAAAGAACGAGAACAGAUUUCUGUAGUUCCCCAAAAAGCAUUGGGGCAGAAUCUGAUUUUCUAAUGACUGCCAUGGAAAUGCAGUUCCUUUUCUAAGAUGAUCCCUCCAGUUUUGUGUUGUUAGUUUUUUAUUCUCCCUUUUCUGACUUUCCAUUCCUCUUUGGAUGUUGGCAAAAAGAACUGUGCGGAAAGAGUUGGAUUCGGGCUUUUCCUUACGUGUAGACCCCCCCCCCAAAUUGA